AUGAACACUGCUGGCUUCUGCAAAAGCUUAGUGAAAGAUCCAUUACACAGUACAGUCAUGACUGAAGAUGUUGAAGUCUAUAUGAAUGGGCACCCAUGGCCUCCAAGGUGUUACAUUUGUGACUUCUGCAAGAGAGAAUUCAAAUGUGCUCAAUCUCUGGGUGGCCAUAUGAAUGUUCACAGGAAAGAACGUGCCAUUCUCAGAAUUGGUCAGUACACUCACAGUACUAUACUUAAUCUCAACCUUAAUCCUAACCCUACUUUCGUAUCCUCACUACCACCAUCAUUAUCAUCUCCCUUUUCUACUGUUUCAGCUAGGCAGCUCUCACCAUUAACUACUAGCUUUAUAAGCUCAGUGCCUUCUUGGAUAUCACAAUCCUCUCAUCUUCCUCCUCCUACAUUUUCAUCGCCAUCUGCUACUUGCCAUACUCUACGUGCUAACCUUUCGGGUCCUUCUUCAAACUUCAUGAAGUUUAAUGACGCAAAGUCUCAAGAAGAAGAUGAGUGCAUGUGGUUGGAGACUGGUGUUCUUGGCGGUAACUCAAAGGAUGACAUCGAUUUAGAGCUUCGAUUAGGCUAA